UCAGUGUUUUUCUGGAGUGAAAACAGUAACGAUGUUUUUUAAAUUGGUUUGCUUGUGCUCAGUGGCGGCUUGCGCCCUAGCGAAGCCGGCCUCGACCGACGUCGUCCCGUUGGAGAACCGGCAGCCGACUGUGAUCCCGAUUAUUUCCCAGUCUGAGGAGUUGGAACAGAAUGGAACAUAUAAGUUCAGUUACGAAACCGGCAAUGGUAUCAAACGUGAAGAGGUUUCAUACGAUAAAGUGGUGCCCAAAGCGAAGGGCCGCUCUGCUGGUGGCAGCGAAGAAAACGGUAGCGACGNCAGCGACGAGAGUGAUGAAAUCCACGUUCAGCAAGGAUCAUACUCGUACACUGCCCCAGAUGGCACUGUAAUCACAGUCAGGUACAUCGCUGAUGAAAAUGGCUUCAGGCCAAUUGGUGAUCAUCUUCCCAAAGCGCCCGCUUUCGUGCAGCAACAGAUCGAUGCCAGUGCCAAGGAAAAGUCCGGUCGUGCUCUAAAUGCUGACAGCGCCGCAGCUCCCUCAGCCCCAGUAGAAAAAGCUCAAGCCGCCCCAGGCGCAGCCGAACCCACCCCUAAAGAAGUUGAGUCAAGAAUCAAACCAGAAGCACCCGCAGCUGAAUCGUCUCCAGUUUCAACGCAGGCCCCAGAAUCAUCUACCACUGAAGCCGCUACAACAGCUGCCUCAGAAGAAUCUUCAUCAACAACUACCGCUAGCUCCUCUGAAUCAUCUUCAACAACUGCUGCAUCAGAAGUUAGUUCAACUACUGCCUCUGAGGAAUCAUCGUCAACUCCAGCCCAGACCACUACAGAGGCAGCAUCGAGCGAAGCUGCCUCAACCUCAGAAGCAACUACAACUGAAGCAGCUAGUUCAACAACCACCGCGGCCUAAUUUUAAAUACUGAUUCCAUUGAUUUGGUGCCAUCACUAUUUUUAUGCGUUCUAAUCCUACUACAAUAUCCUAUUAUAAAUUAAGUUUGUUACGGGUGAACUGGAUUUCAAGUUGAUCGUGAUACAAUCAAUUUGUCGAGUCAAUUUAU